AUGGCACCCUCCACCGAGCGCCCGCGAAGACAGCGUCGUCUAUCCAAUGUCACCAACUCGUCCGUCUCAUCCACAUCGCCCGAACGCGAAGUCGACGAUGAUAACGACUCGUUCAUGCUGCAGCCCAACGACUCGCAGUCGUCAGUCGCUGCCUCACUUGACCUCAUGGACAACGCCAACUUUGAAGAACGAUGCCGCCUAUCUCCCGUCUACCGCUUACCCGCCGAACUGCUCAUCGCCAUCUUCGGUCGUCUCGCAUCAACAAAAGACCUCAUGUCAUGCAUGCUCGUGUCCAAGGACUGGGCGCGGAACAGCGUCGCCCUGUUGUGGCACCGUCCACAGACCAACAACUGGGCCAGCAUACACAGCGUCGUCAAGUCAAUACGCAAGACCGAACGCUUCUUCGCAUACCAGGAUCUGGUCAAACGUCUGAACCUCUCCACUCUGGCCUCUCAAGUCAGCGACGGCACCUUGAUGGGCUUGACGGCUUGCAAACGCAUCGAGCGUCUGACCUUGACCAAUUGCGCCAAGCUGACCGACCUGAGUCUCAGCAGUCUGAUCCAUGGAAACCGCAGCCUGAUAGCGCUGGACGUUACUCAGCUGGACCAGCUCACCGAUCGCACCCUUGACCUUGUCGCCCGCAACUGUGUCCGUCUCCAAGGUCUCAACAUGACGGGCUGUCGGCGUCUCACGGAUCAAUCCUUGGUGCAGAUAGCCCAGAAUUGUCGCCAGCUCAAGCGUCUGAAGUGCAACAGCUGCUCCCAGCUGACUGACGUGUCGAUGUUGAGUGUCGCUCAAAACAGCUCACAUCUGUUGGAAAUUGACCUCUACGAUCUGCCCCUGCUUGAAUCAGACUCCAUCACCGCUCUCCUAACGCAGUGCCGCCAGCUACGGGAAUUGCGUCUUGCUCGAUGUCCGCUCAUCACCGACCAGGCUUUCUUGCAGCUGCCAUCCAAGGCUGCUCCCUUUGACGCUCUGCGUAUACUUGACCUCACAGACUGUCAGGAGCUCACCGACAAGGCCAUCGACAAGAUCGUGCACACAUGCCCCAAGUUGCGUAACCUGAUCCUUGCCAAGUGUAGGCAGCUCACCGACAGAGCCGUGUGGGCCAUCACCAAGCUCGGCAGGAAUCUCCACUACAUUCAUCUAGGCCACUGCGCCCGCAUCACCGACGCUUCCAUCAUCGCCCUGGCCAAGUCGUGUACACGCAUCAGAUACAUUGACCUGGCCUGUUGUAGCAAUCUCACCGACCAGAGCAUUACUCAAUUGGCCAACCUUCCCAAACUUAAGCGCGUUGGUCUGGUCAAAUGUGCUGGUAUUACUGACAGAAGUAUCCAUGCUCUAGCUACCUAUGGUGGUCGUGUCAUGCAGAAACCUCGUGACCGUCAGCAGAAUGUCAGCGCUCUUGAGCGUGUUCACUUGAGUUAUUGCACUCUGCUUACCCUCGAUGUAUNNGGCAUCCAUACAUUGCUCAAUAACUGCCCUCGCUUGACGCAUCUGAGUUUGACGGGUGUCCAAGCCUUCCUCCGUGACGACUUGACAGUCUUCUGCCGCGAAGCUCCUGCCGAAUUCAACGAUCACCAGCGCGAAGUCUUUUGUGUCUUCUCAGGCAAUGGUGUCGCUCGUCUUCGUGAAUACCUUAACCGUGCAAGCGGUCCUGGCAUGGAAACUGGCAUGGUUAAUGACUCUGACGACGACACCGACGGCGCCACUCUCCGCAAUCUUCCUCUUCCUCCACCUCCACCUCCUCACCAUCCCAACCUCAUCCACACGUGGCAUAACCCGGCCUUCCACAAUCACAACGACCAAGAUAUCGAAGACGAAGACAUGGAAGAUGAUCAUGACGGGGUCGACACGCCCAACGACAGCCACGGUAUUGGAAUCAUCGACGCCGCGGUGCAUGGCCAUAUGCUCAAUUUGGAUGUUCACUCGACCCCGGCAAACGAUUCGGAUCAGAUGAUUGGAGAACCUUCACAGAACCACGGCGGUGCACUAUGGGCUGGUGGCAGUGGCGAGGCUCAGCAUGUUACUGGCAUGAUGAGCGCAGCUAUGCUUGAUGACGUGGACGAGGAUAUACCGCAGUGA